ACUGUCAUAGUCUUACUGUCUUGCUCAAUAUCCACGGUAUCAUUACUUCCUUCACUGAAGGCAGCGCAGACAGGGCGUCGCCUGCCUAUAAAUUCUCAGGCGUGGUAUUUCUCAACUCUGCACAAUUCAACCUCUUCUCAAUCGCCAACUCAACACUCGUGAACGACCUGCAGCCAUGCCGUCAGACCUGGAACGUGCCAUGGAGUCCAUGAUCACCGUGUUCCACAAGUACGCUGCUAAGGAGGGCAGUGGCAACACUUUGAGCCGCCGUGAGCUCAAGGACCUGAUGGAGAACGAGCUCUCUGGCUUCCUCAAGUCUCAGAAGGAUCCGGCCACAGUAGACAAGAUCAUGAAGGAUCUGGACUCUAAUGGUGAUGGAGAGGUGAACUUUGAGGAGUUUGUUUCUCUAGUUGUGGGCCUGUCCAUCGCCUGUGAACAGUGCUACCAGAUGCACAAGAAGAAGAUGGGGAAGUGAGGGUUGAAAGGAGGAGAGGAGGAAUGGGGUGCUGAGUAGAGAAGGGUUCUAAUUUUCACGUUUGUAAUUGUCACACUGUCCAUUAAACACAAAGACCAAG